AUAAGGAUAUCCUGGGUUCAGAGAGUCGCCUGCCUUUAUAAUCACGUCAAACGCUCCGCCCACCUGGUUCCUUGCUCAGACAUCAACACUUUCUCGUCAGCGAUGCCGAAUAGAGAGUUUAUGUUCUUCCUAAAGCAUACUCAUCUGGCUAGCCCCAGACCAACCCGCUUCAUGGAUGGCACCAGUACAGUACGCUUCAUAGAACAAAACCUUACCGUGCCGGAGUCUACCAACAACCGUGAACUCCAUAAGUUUACACCCAUCGUACCCAAACAGCUCUACCUCAACCCAAACGCAGGUGCAGCCUCACACUGUAUCAAACGAAAGUCACUUCCCCAUGCAGCACAGGAUCUAGCACGAACAGUAAACAAAAGAGCUUCGCAUCACGACAACGGCGUCUUACUCCCGCCCCUACCUAUACAUCGUAGCCCCGAAAUACCCCACCGAACCAUACGCUUCGAAGAUUUCGUGCCAGAGCACAAACUCAAGACAUGGCACGAGAUGGACGACGACAAGUGGCGGGAUGCACGCACAAAUUCGAUAAGUAUCUUGAUCACCAACAUCAUUGAUAAAUUCAGAUACCAGGUUAGGAAGAUAACACGGUACACAAGUCUCUGA